GUUGCCCGCUACUGCGAAAAAAGUUGCGAAAAAUGCCAAAAUUUGCGCGCAAUUUCAAACAUCAAACAAAUUCCAAUUAGAUUUUUAGAAUAGAAGACUACUCCGAUCCGCUAUUUUAUUAAGUCGCAGUUAUCCUUGCCGUUCACGUUGGAUUCUUACAAGUCUUUCUAAUAAUUUAAAUUUUAAUUUUAAUUUUAUGGAACCCGAAACCAAAAAAAUGCGUGUCGAUAGUAAAUGUGUUCUUCGUUUUGCCAAAUUGACCGAAAAUGCUUUUGAGCCGGUUAAAGGAUCUACAAAAGCUGCCGGCUUUGAUCUUCGAAGUGCAUACGAUUGUACAGUUCCAGCUCGUGGUAAGCAGCUUGUCAAGACUGAUUUACAAAUUCAAGUUCCCGAAGGAUCCUAUGGCCGUGUUGCACCACGUUCGGGUCUGGCUGUAAAGAAUUUCAUCGAUGUUGGAGCUGGCGUCGUGGAUGAGGAUUAUCGUGGUAACUUGGGAGUUGUUCUAUUCAAUCACUCCGAUUCUGAUUUCGAGGUAAAGAAAGGAGAUCGUAUUGCUCAGCUCAUUUGCGAGCAAAUAUUCUAUCCGGAAUUGGAGCAAUUGGAUUCUUUGUCUCAAACCGAAAGAGGAGAAGGUGGUUUUGGAUCUACUGGUUUGAAAGAAUUGCUCCAGGCUAAGAAUGGAAAUGGAGCAGCUGCACCGCAUCCGAAAACUACUGAGGCUUCUGGUUUGAAAGAAUUGCUGCAAGCAAAGAAUGGAAAAGAUGUUGCUACCACCACCGAACCAGAGCCAACCAAAGUUUAGAUCUUCGUAAAAAUGUUUUUGCACUUAAGUUUGAUGUACAAAAAAUUAAUGUUAUAAAUUAAUAAACUAAAGCCGUUACUUUUUAUGUAUGUA